UUGCAAAGAUGAUCACCCCAGUGUUGGUGAGCAACAAACAUGGCGGGGGUGGAGUGCGACACUUGUUGACCAAUCCCCCACUUUUUUCGGCCACCUGGGUCGCCCCCUGACCUCCGAACGCCUUCAUUAUGUGACCCGGAGAUGCUACAGGUUGCAGGAUGAGUGGGCUGCAUCGGCUCCGAGUUACGGAGCUCCACCCAAACCUCCUGUGCAUUCUGUGCGGAGGAUAUUACGUGGAUGCCACCACCAUCGUUGAGUGCCUCCAUUCUUUUUGUAAAACCUGCAUAGUACGAUACUUGGAAUCAAGCAAGUUCUGUCCCAUCUGCGAUGUCCAGGUUCAUAAGACCAAGCCGUUACUCAGUAUCAGACCUGACAAGACCUUGCAAGAUAUAGUUUAUAAGCUUGUACCUGGAUUAUAUCAGAAUGAGAUGUGUAGACGAAGAGACUUUUAUGCAAGCCAUCCUGAAGCAGAUCCUCUCACACCAGAAGAUGGAGGAAAGGACCUGGGUCGGUGGUACAUACUACCCGAUGAUCCAGUGUCUGUGGCCCUCCACCCAGCAUCUUCCUCAUACAACCCAAAAUACUUUAAUCUCCGUUCAAUGUCUGCACCCACCCACACUUGUCCUAGUGCCAAGAUGUCAAUGGAUGAAAGUAAAACACCUCAUCUCCUAAUGAAGAAGGACGGCAGCCAUGUGCGAUACCUCCAGUGCCCAGCAGGAGUCAGCAUUGCUCAGUUGAAGCGGCUGUUAAGAGCAAAAUUUGGCGUCGGUCCAUCUCAUCCGUUGGCUGUGCUGACGUGCACUUCAGAAGAUCCCCUCAGUGAUACUUUAACUCUCGUCGAUGUGGCAUACAUAACAUCUUGGCAAAAGACUGAACCACUGCAGUUGCAAUAUAGGAUAUAUGAGAGAGCUAGUAAAAAGAUCAAACUGGACCCGGAGUCGUUAAGUUCCGAAGCCUUGAAUUCCAAUGAAGAAAUGCCAAAGUUAGAGCCAAGCGUCGGUAACGGCGCAAACAUUUCGGCGUACGCUUCUCUAGAUGCAGCGGGAAACGUCCUGGAGUACAGGUGUGCUCCCCUUCUCCAAGCCUUCGAAACUAACGAUUGUGAUACAUCUCUUAAAAAGGAUGAGGAAAAGUGGCAGACGGAGACUGGGAAGGGCACCGCGGAAGCCCAGGCAACCAGCUGCAAAGAUUGCGCCGCAGAUGCGCUCGCGGUGGCCGCGGCCAAACCCGAGGAGGUUGCCGCCCCAGAAGAGAGUUGCAAGGCUCCAGUGACUGAGGAAAAGACCGAGUCUGUGCAACCUGAACUGACACAGGGUAAUGGUGGAGAGAAUGGAAGUGAGGCAAAAACAGACACUGGUGGUGGUGGUGGUGUUGAAAGUUGUGAUAGUAAUUUGCAGAAAGUCACAAACGUGACGGACGGUAAUAAUAUUGUCGACGCGUAUCUGACGUACGACAGAGCUUACGCUGCGGCGCCCAGCAACGGCGUCAACGUGGGGGUGACGUUCAUACCCAGUGAGGUGGGUUAUAUUAGCCCUGCUGGAGUUCCUUGUACGAUUAUCCCCAGUGGGAGUUGUGUUUCAGUGAGUGGGGAGUGCAUUCCGGGUGGGGUGGGGGUUCCUACUGCUGGUGCUGCUGCUGCUGCUGUGUGCAGUGGUGCAGCUCUACACAGACCGUUGCAAGGGGAAGCGGGGACGACCGAUCACGUUAACGUUUGGGUCGCGGCCGGUCUUCAGAAUCUGGUGAGUGAGCCUGCGUUGUUGACUGUCGAGAACAAGCCCAGUGCUGUCGAUAUGAAGGACGGAGAGGACGAGGGGAAGGAAGUGCAGCUAACUAUAAGUGAGUCUGGGAUAAUGAGUGCUAGUGGUAGGGGGACUACAGUUGAAGGAAUGGUCAAUGCCAUUGAAUCAGAAGCUUGUGAACUUUUAUCAAAAAUAGAAAGUGGUUCAAUUGGGGAGGACUUCCCUCCAAAGGCCGGGGAACAGCAGGUGGAGAGAGAGACCAGCGCUGAACCUUCAAAUGUGAUAAGUAAACAGUCCAAAGUCAAAGAUAAUAUUUCUGUACCCGUAGACUCUGUCAAAAACAAAGUAGAUGGGAAGGGUAAUGCUAACAAUAAAAAUCAAGUGUGCUUGAAGGGGGAGAAAUCAAAAGUUGUGACUCCUCCUGGAAAUGUUUCAGCUGUGACUCUUAAACCAAAUACUACUACAGGUCCCAAAGAUUCCAAAGGAGCUGUGAAUGAAAAGACAGAAACGGAAGCUUUCCCUGAUAAUGUAGCAAAGAAGUCCAUUAGUGAAAGUCAAGACAAAACCUCAGAGAAAAGAACAAUAGAAUCCAGAAGGCCAAGCGACACUCAGCAGCCAAUGAAGGAUUCCAGGGAGGUUAGUAAUGCAAAGGACGCAAGGUCUACACAUAUUCCAGCCAGCCUGACAGCAGCUAGCAUGGCAAAUCUCAAUAAACCUCAUCUCAAAGCAGGACCAUCAAAAUUGUCUCAAGUUGAGGAAGUUAAAAGUCAGGACACCAAGCCAGGUAACAAUGGAGUUAAUGUGAGGAAAGAGGGGAAGCAAGACCAGAGUGGGAAACAGUUACUGUCGGGCGGCUGCAGGAAGUCAUCGCAGCCGUAUGGGUACAGGACACUCAAGACCCCUCCAAAGAGCUGGAACCCCACAAUUUCACGAGAGCAGCUUGCUUUGGGAGCUGGAAAGUCUUCCAGUGGCAAGGGUCUACAAGAACACGUUCGUCCAAACAAGUUUUUCAAAAAUCGUAAUAAUCCGAGGUUUUUAGGGAAUCCUUCGGCUGGGGUCAGACCAAUGUUUGCAAAUGUGAAUGACAACAGUUCAAACCAGCAGAAACGAGGCGUUGUCUUAAAGCUAGACCCAAAAACUCUUGGACCAGUACCUGUGCCUGUGAGUAAUGAUAUAAGGUCCUCCGGAUGCCUAACAUCUGUGUCGAGUUCAACUUCCUCCGUGUCUUCCGGUCAGUCGGCAACGAUAUCGACAACUCAGACGACGAUGUCCCUCGUGGGUUCUUUGCCAAUGUCUUCGGACGGUCAUACAGCCAUUUCAUCUUUGCAGACUUGCAAUAUGGAGGCUGCUGUAGCAGUUGCAGCGCCUAGAGUGGAAGAUACACCGGUAACAAGUACCAAAGGAUCACCCACUUUGCCUACAUCACUCAAGAGUGUAGCCAAGGAAAGUACAAAUUCAAGUUCAAAAGUCAUUGGUAAACUUAACACUACUGUUCAAGAAAGUAAAAUGAUUCAUGAUACAGUUAAAACUACCAGUAGUAGUAGUAGCAGCAGCAGCAGCAGCAGCAACAUUGGUAGUAAAGUGAACAACAAAAUUAGUGCCACAGCCAAAAGUGAAAGUAUGUCCAUUGUACAAACAGCUGUUAGUAAUUCCAAAGUAGACAUUAGUGGCCAGUCUGUCAUUGUCAAAGAAGACAGAGCUAAUACAGGAACGACUGUACAAGUUGUGAGCACUGUUGGAAACAUGGUGCCUAAUUCUAAUUUGCCUAAACCAGCUUUAUCAACAGCAAUCCCAACUUGUGUAACACAACUACGAGCAGCAACAAUUAACACACUGACUCCUCCUAAUACCAGUUUCCAGCCUCAGCAACACUUUACAGUGGGGUCUCCAGCAGUGGGCAUAAUACCUUCUUCGUGUGGGGUGUCCCUUCCUGCCACAAUAGGAACGAUGCCUCUUCCGUAUUACACCAGUCCUUCUCUGGGUUACCCAACUUACCCUUUUGUUUAUCAGAGUCCAGACGCUACGAUUGGCCUUAUUCCGACACACCCCUCCGCCUCCUUUAUUCCCACAUUUUCUUCUUGUUUGUCGCCUCGAUCUCCCUUGAGUCCCCGUAAUAUUGGGGGAACAAAGAUGUUACCGGAUCUACCGCUUCAAUCCAACCUUCUUCCACUAGUGCCCUUAGUUCCCCAGGUUCCCCCACAAGCCCUCUCGCCUCGACCCAUGACCCCUCCUUCACCAAGAACUCCAACUUCCAACCAGUCUCCAAAGCCAUAUCCUACACAGUCACCGAGACAGUCUAGCACAAACCAUUCAAGACCCCAAACUCCCCACUCUCCCAAGACACUAAUAAGUACAGGACACACAAGAUCUCCUGUGCAGUCUCCAAAGCUACCUGCUGGACAGUCUGUUAAGCCCCAGUCAGGGAGCCAGUUAACUCCAACCAUAACUCAGCCUCUUACUCAGACUCAGACGUCAGGGACUCAAGUCACCAGUUCUUCUCAGUCGCCUAACUUGGCUUCCAAAUUGAAUGCCUGUGUACAAACUUCAUUUUCUCACACAACUAUCAUGCCUAAAAACAAUAUGAGUUUCAUUCCUUCUAAACCUUCUGUGCCUCUUCCUACCAAGAACGCAUUACCCAGUCAGUCAUUAGGAUUAAGCCAGCAGCAGGUGGUAUCUGUUAGUAGUUGUUACCCAAACACUUCUCAGUCCCCAAAGCCUUCCAGACCAAAAAUGCCUCAGUCCCCUAAGCUAACCAGCUCAGUGGGCUGCACUCUACCAUCAGAGACUCUUAUUAGAACAGGAAGCACGACCCAGCCUGUUCGACCUCCAACGCCACAGUUUGCCAAAUGCUCUACCCCGUCUUACUCGGCAGGUGACACGAGGACUACCAGCGUGAGCACUCCCAGAAUGACUGUCACCAGUCAGGAUCGGCUGCAAAUAGCAAUACCGCAGUCGCCUGUCUUUACGAUGCCUUUGCCUGUCUCUCAGUUCACAACAGCUGUCUCCUCAGGAGUAUCUGUUACAGGGUUGCCAGUACCACAGAUGAGUAAUAGCUUGGAUGGCACAGCAAUGUUCCAUCCACAGACGUUGCAAGUAUCUAUACCACAUACAAUGUCGGCAAUAUCUCAUAGCGUCAAUGGCACUGGAAACACGAGCAUGACUGCCGUGAGUAAAGUGACGGGAAAUCUGCCCGAGGUAUUUUCUACAGUUUCGUCUUUUAUUCCAAAUUCAUCCUCUGCAUCCCUGCUUUACCCUCACAAUAGUGUACAGAAUAUCCCACCUGUUUUAACAACAAGCAACAUGACCCCAAUUUCUGCAGUAACUAGUACACCAGCAUGCAUUUCGGCAGUGCCAAGUUGCACUUCACUCACUCAGAAUUUUCCUUUCAAUAGUAAUGCUUCCUGUGUGAACCCCAUGAUAUCCCCCUCAAUCCCUCCCCCAGGGCAUAUUCCAUCCAACAGUGCAGCUGAGACUCCCAAAAUAUCAUCUGUUAUGCCUGUUGUAGUUUCAGUUGGGAAUGUAGCUGUGUCAUUGUCUGGGAACAACAACACAAGUUCAAAGGUUUCGGUGAACAAUACAGUGUCUACCAGCUGUCCAGCAGUGACUGGGGCAUCUCACGACGUGACCAGAAGUGUGACCUCUGCCGUGUCUGUGAGUUCAUCCGUAAAUUCGUUACCAACAAAUGCCUGUACUAGUGUGUCGUUGCCUCACAGUACUGCAACAUUUUCUGUACCUGCUUGUUUGGGUACCACCACUAUAUCAAGCACAACACCAGUUACUCCACCCGGAAUGUUGUCAGUGAUGUCGACCAACAACAAAGUUGAAGAAUUCCCCCAUAAAACGUCAUCCCCCACUGAUGUACAUAAAAGUUCUGUAGCAAAUACCAUUUCCUUAAGUACAACUGCUAGUGUAGCCAUAUCUCCAUGUAUUACUGGAAGUUUUGCCGUACCUCUGAACGGUACGACCGACGUCGUGUCGUCCCAGUGCAAAACACUCAACACCCCAGACAGUAUGGCUAAAAGCUCUCUGUCCCCAAGUAGUGGUAGUGGAGUUCUCAACCCCAGUGGUAGUAGUGACAUGGGUGGGAAAUCUGUGGUGAUGAAUGCAAGGGAGAGAGGUGGCAAUAUGCCACAGCCAAGUGCCUGUACCCCUGUCUGUGAUGUGACACAUGUGAUUGAUGCCAAACUACAGUGCGCUGAACCGAGCGUCGGCAGCAGUGAUGGCCCCAGGCCAUGCCUCAAGAGUUAAAUGUUGCACAGUUAAAAAAAAAAAAAAAGGGCAGCAGCGUUGUUGGACGCCACAGAUAUAAAUAUAUAGGACUUUAUAUAAUACUAUGGUGUACCUUAACCUGCCAGUUAUUUUGUAAAUUAUACAACACAAAUAUCCUCUUUGUUAGUGUGUUUCAAACACUUACUCUCAAAGCCACUUCUGAAGUGCUAGUUAGGGGCUUCUGAAGUGCUAGUUAGGGAUACUUAUUUUUGAUCUUUAUGAUGCCUUCCUUUGUCCUAGCCAAGUCUUACAAUAAACAAAAAAAAAAAGCUUGUCAUGGUGAUACCACGAGUGUUUGCCAGUCAUAUUAACACUGAGAGGUAGAAAUCUUGCAAGUCCAUCAAAAAUGUGGACAUGAACAGGUGCACAAAACAUUUUCAUAUAAUUCUUAUCAUCAACAUGGCUGUGGUUUGCCUCUUGCAUUUCAUUGAAUAUUGGGCAACAAAAUUGAUUACUGCUUACAGAUUUAUAAGUGGUUUUGUGUGCUGAGAAAGUUGUCCUCAUUUCAGUGGACUUGGAUGGGAGAUUACUUGUUCAUUUUGUUUGCAUAUACAGUCAUAGGUAAAUGUAUCCUUGUAGAUUCCAUCAACCUUGUUAUAAAGUCAAAAAACGAAGUGACAAAUUACGUAUACUCUUUUCCGAUACAAAUUCGCUUUGAAAUUUGGACUACUCGACGGAUCCACCAUGGCAACUCCACUUUGAAUGCACCUUUUUGCACGCCUCUUCAAAACAAACAAUAAAAACCCUGUUCUUCGGACUGUACAGGUGGGAGGGGGACAUGUUGGGCCAAAAGUAGUGAGUUCAUCCUCUUCAUUAACUUGAGCAGUUAAAAUACAGGAGUGCUCUAUAGAUACAAGUCUGUUAAAUAUGGUUUCAAGUAAGCAUUCUGUAGUAGUCUUUCAGUUGUCAUAUACAUAUAUAUAAAUAUAUAUUUUACAGAGAUAAAUUUUUAUCAUUUAAAAGAUGAAACAUUAUGCUGGUACAUUUUUCCAAAACAAAGGCAUUCCUAGUCUUUGCUUUCAAAGAAUUUUUUGAUUUAGUAGAAUUUGUUAAAACUGAAUUUGUUACUGCUGUAUAAAAUAAUAUAUAAUCUUGUUAAGGUUUUUAUUGAAGUAGUACAUUUAUUUUAAUAUGAUUAAACUGUAAGACAUGUUGAAUUUAAGUCAUUCUGAUGAGUUGUAUUAUGUUGAAUAACUUAAUGUCUUUCCUGGUGCAUAAUACCAUAUAUCUACGGUAAAGGGACAAACAUAACACUCCAUUGUAUGAUGCACAGCUCUGGCUCACGAAUGUUUUACCAAAGACGACUGUUCUGUAUCACGACCAAUUUUAAAUUGUCAGCUUGCAGAGUUCAAAUCGUCAGCAUGUUGAUUUAGGAAAAAGUGCCAGCAUGAAGAUUAUUAAAAGAAAAAACUUCAAAUUCUACUUGCAAAUGAUACCAUGAAUGUUAUUUCUACAGAACGAAAGGGUUAAUCAGAUGCAUUGAUCCAAAAUAGUAUUUUGGAACAGUUAUGAUGUAUACUAUUUGUAAAACACCACAUUGGUGGGUUAAUUUUGAUAAAUUCCCUGGUGUUCUUCUUGUGUUUAAAUCAUCUCACAUAGACUUUUAAGAAUUAUGAUAUAAGUUGAUAGCUCUUAUGGUUGAUAAUAUUUUUGAGUUAAUAAGAAAACUCAAGUGGUACUGCAGCCAGUGUUCCUUCAGUCGACUGUUCAAAUUUGUUAUGCCAAAUGCUUGAUUUUUUUUGAAUGAGGUUUUGUUUUGUUUAUUUUGUCAUAUAAAAAGAUUCUCUGGGCAAGGAUGCACUGGCUUAAAUCUUGUUACUGGUGCCUGCUCGUAAGACUAAUGUGUCAUAUUUCAGUACAUAAAAUUCUUUUCACUUGUGUUAGAAAUGUUUGCUUUAUUGUAAAGAAUUGUUUUCACCUUUUUUUGUAACAAUGUUGAUGCUAAUUAUAGGUUAGGUUAGUAUUUUGUUAAACACACUUCCAGUUGUACAUUUUUAAAACUACCAGUGCCGUGAUCUUUUGCUUCAAGUCUGUGUGACGCUGUAACACGAGAAGAACAGAAUAGCCAUUUAUGAGAGAUUAUCUUUUUGACUCAAAAUAAAAAUGUUUAUAAAGCUCAGAUUUAUGUAUUUGCUCAAUAGUCUGUCAAGCAUACUAUUUUAAGGCAAUAAGGAUGAGUUUGUAAUUGUUUAUAUUCUGUUGAUUCGAUUCAAAGUUUAAGUUGUAAGAUUUUAUAUGGUUGGCGUUUUAUUUCUUGACUUGAUGCUACUUCAGCCACUUGGUUGUCCAAGGAUUAGUAUUUGUAAGCACGUACUGCAGCUUUUACGCCCCCGAGGUUAGACGGAAAAGGACUUUUUGGCGAAGACUCUAGUAGAAUUGGUUUUAUCUCUCAGAUGUGAUUCUAGGACGAUGACAAUGGUAGAAGUGUCUGUCGGUUUCAGACAGUGAUUGUUUUUAUUCUGAAUUCAGAUCUCCUGCAUCUGAAUAUUUAUUUUUUUUACGAGGAUAGACAGUGAUAUUAUUGUAGUUGAAUACGAAACACUUACGGGAAUGUCUCCCACUCAUUUUCCAUAGUAUAGAUUGAUUCGUGUUUGUUAUGAAAAAAAAAACAAUGUACGUACUGUAUGUGUACUACUCCCAUUUAAGCUUGUUUGUAUCUGAAUCCCACAGAAGUAUUCGUUAAUGGCUAGGCCAUUACCUUUUGAUUUUUAGGGAUCUGUCCGCAAGGUAAAUUAACAAGUUAAGUGUAAGUGUAAAUAAUUCUUGAAAAAUGGCUUUACUCCACUUUUGCUUCUAGUUUUUAUAGCAUUGGUUUUGAAAAACACACCCUUUGGACUUGACUAGAAAUGUAGCAGUUUUGUAUUAAGUGGGGCUAUCUUUUUAAAUGUUUUAAGUUAGGAAAAAUUUCCUGUUUCCAUUGUGAUUUUCUAUCUCAUGUCUUAUGCAGUGAUUGUACAAUUUAAUUUUGUUAUUUGUGAAUACCAAAGUGAAAUGUAGAAAACAUUAGGUUGGUUACUGAGAGUAUUGCUUUAGAGACAUGAUUAUGGCCCACACUCAAAUUCCUCUUGGUUUGACACAAUGAUAAAGUUACUGUAUGCUUGUACGUUGGGUUGAUUUCUUUACUUUACUGGGACCGCAAGGCUAAUUUUAAAUGUUAUCGCAAUUUAAAACUGAAAAACCUUAGCUUCACCUUUUUCAUUUUGGUUUUGUGGCAACUAGCCCCAAUUUCUGUCCAUAUAUUGAUAUUACAAUUCCUCUGGUCCAUGCAUAGUAAGUUGAGUAGUAAGUCAGGUUUGUACUUUCUGUAGCCAUAGCUUUAUCUUCUGUACUUAAAAAAAAAAAGAAUCUUAUAUUGUUUGCGUGUCAGUUGAAGUUGCGUACGAAUGAUGUACUCGCACCUUCCCAAGUUUGUCGGCCUCCAAGGGGGUGAAUGUUAGAAAUGUAAAGGACAGUGCUAUUUGUUGCUUGAAUUCAUUCACAUGUGCUGUGGUAAAGGUAUUACAUAUUUCUUGAUUUAUAAAUCGAAUUCCUUCGUUGUUGUAGAUUGUGUGACACAAACUGUUUUAACUAAAUUGCGAAGUUUAAAUUCUUAGUUUUUGUAGAAUAUUUUUCUUCCAAAGAUUAUGUCCUCAAGAUUUCUGUAGCUACUCCCCCCAUAAUUUUUUUUUUUUUUUUUUACAAAAUCUAGUCGUGGGUGACAAUCUUUAAAGAAUUAGAAAAAAGAAAUAUAUACAAUUUAUAUAUAUACAUAUAUAUGCACAAUUUUCUAUUUUGUACAGUAAAUAAAUUGUUUUAGAUGGUUAGUCUAAUGAAGUUAAUUCUGUAAUUAGGUAUAACUUUUUUUAAUAGUAGUGUAAAUUUUUUUUUUUUAUUUUGAACCUUCUCGUAUUGGUUAAACCUUUGGGGUCGUAGCUAGUAGAGGUGUCUGUAGGUAAGGCUUAGGUGUCCCUUCUGCUGUAUUUUGUUCUGCUUAACCUGAAAAUGGUACUCUUGUUCGUUUUAUACAUAUCAGGCAUUUUUUCUGUUACAGAAAUCUGAAAUCUGUCUCUUAGCUUUGAAAUUUACAGUGGUAGGUAAAUUGACAUGUUAUCAGAAGUGUGCAUCAUGGAAAUAGAGAAAAGGCUGUCAGUUUCACUCAUAAUUCAGGUGAUUGUAUUGGCUUAAAAGUCAUGGCUGGCAGUAAGGGUACUUUUUUUAUCAGAUGAGGAGAAAGUAUGUUGGGAAAAUCCUUUGCAUUUUAUCCAAUGUUCAUUAGCUUUAUACAUGAAAUUUUAUAAGAAUGAACUAUUACUUAUGACAAACUUAUGCAAUGAAAUUUUACCUCUCAACAUUGAUCAGUCAUGGUUUAGUACUGACAUGUGUCUGUAGUACUCUACUUUUAAAUGAAAUUGAUAUCCAAGAAUACUCAAGAGUGGAAUUGCUUGUGGAAAGUGCAGGGGGAUUUUUAGGUGAGGUUAGGCAGCCAAUAAUGAUUGACUGUGUUGCCAGUAAGUUUAACAUACUAAUGAAUAAGAAAUUGAACCCUCUAUGUUUGAGUACCUUUGUGUGUGUGCGUGUGUAUAGGAAUUUCCAAUCGGUAAUGGUCAUUCUAGUUGAAUAUAGUCUAUCAAUAUGAAGAAAUUUAUAUAGAACAGGUCACAACUAUCCUCUAUAGUGUACGCAUUAUUUAAAUACUACCGUGAAUAACAUAUCUGGUAACUUUAAAAUCCAGUAAAAUAUACUGUUUCAAGAUUUUUUUUUCUUUUUAUGUAGGUUUGACCUAAGGAUGAAUAUGGUAGAGCCUCAUUUUGGUUGUUUUGAUAUACUAUAGUAUUGUUGAUAGGUGGAAAUGAAGGAGCACUGUGCUUUUACCAGUCAAGAUUUUGAUGUAUAGAAUGCACAACUAUUUUUGCAGGACAGCAAAUACAGUACUUCUGUUGCAUAUAGCUCUUGCUGUGUGUGUGUGUGUGUUUUUCACGUGUGGUGGAACGUAAAUGUAUGUAAAAAUUUAUUUGGACAAUACAGUGCUUUAUUUAAUACAGUAUUAGGAAUAAUCCAGUGAUAGGAAAAUAAAGUUUUUGUAACAAUCGUGGUUAGUAUGCCAGAGAAAAGUUAUAUUGUAAAUUUUGACAAAUUUUCAUUUUCUUGUUGCAGAAAUCAUGUAUAUUGACUUGAAAAUAUUUUUUUCUUUAUUUCUUUCAUGUUCUGUGUACAAUUCAUGUACUAUAUUGACUUGAAAAUAUUUUUUCUUUAUUUCUUUCAUGUUCUGUGUACAAUCUUAUGUUCAGUACUGGGAAAUUCCAUGCACAGGAAUAUUCUUUUAAAAUUCCUUAUUCCAGCAUUUCUAAGUCUUCUGAACCCAGAUAUGCAUUUUAUUUCAUAACAAUUUUAAAAGUUAGUUUCCUCUCAGAGUUUGCAUUUGGUUACCAUUAAUAUUUCUCCAGAUUUUCUAAUCCUUAUAGGGCUGUAGUAAGCGUUCGUUCAUUCUUCAUAUUUCUGUGUUUUCCGGCUUAGAAUGUCUGUUCUUUUCCUAUAAGUUUUUCAUGAAAGAACCAGUAUACUACUAAGGAUUCCUUUCAUUUGGCAAUCACUCAGCUCAACCAAGUCUGAUGGCCCCACCUGUCUGUGAUUAUCAGUCUGAGAUUAGUUACUUUUUAACCCUUUUUAUGUUCAUUUGAAACCCUGAAGUCAAGCUGAAGUUGGAUUUCAGGCUGCGGCAGACUCAUUCGCGACGUACGGAAUCAUCGAUGAGGAUUUGAUUUACAGUAUGUGUUGUAAAACUACCUGUGUUAUUAAAAAAGAAAUUUUUUAUAUGAUGAAUAAUACUAGACUAGAUGCUCAGGAUGUUUUAAGAGGUAUGAUUGGCCCAACUGUUAAUAAUCCUCUCAUUCUCUCUCUCACUCUCUCUAUCUCACGUACUAUCUCCCUGUCCAUCUAUCUAUACCUGUUUCACUGUUGGUUUUAUGUUAUAAAUUUUUUACAUCCAGAGUCUAUGUUCAAUUUUAUGUAUAUGUAAUAUGUACAGCUAUUCAGAUUUGCUUUUAAUACAAUGUCAUUGCAGUCGCUUAUUUUGCUUUCACCCUUUUUAUGUAAGGAAAAAUGAUGAGUCUUCCUUGAUUUUGUCAAAUCUGUGGAGUCAGCGGUUUUGUCUGGGCAUGCAUUUGCUUUUGUAAAGGUGCGUUCACACAGACGGACAAACAUUAUCACCAAUUGACAAUUGUCUGCCGGUCUUUGCCUUGUAAGUAGAGUAAAAACAGUGAUAUACAACCUCAUCUGGUAUCACUGUUUGUUGCCAGAUCUACUUCCAUCGUUUCAACGCUUAUGACGUCAUCCUGCUUCGCCUAUGAUAUGGUAACAAUGUUUGUCCGUCGGACAUUGUUCGACCGUGUGAACGCACCUUAAUGAUUGUAUCAGCUUGCCUAACAAUGCAGUGCUGAAUGUAUGAGUCUUAAAACAAUUGAUUGUUACAGGAUCAUUAAAAAUACAGACAUUGCUGACAGUCAGAAAACUUGAAAAAGCAGAUCUUUGCAGAGUUUGAGAAAUUUCAAACUCAUAAAAAACUGUAUAAAUGUGUUCAGAGCUACUGUAUUUUACCAAAAUUUUUAAGUACUGUACAACAAAUGGGUAAAGUAAAUGGUGGAAUACGCUGACAACCUGCCCAUGAAGGAAUUGGAAAAAAUAAGGAUACUGAUAGCAGCCAAACCAUUCUCAUUAUUAACAGCGGCGUGGUUGGUAUGGUAUUAGCGUUCCAUCUCGGUGGUCGCGGGUUCGAUUCUCGGCCAUUCCAUUGAGGAGUGAGAGAUGUUCAUUUCUGGUGAUAAAAGAAGUUCACUCUCGACGUGGUUCGGAAGUCACGUAAAGCCGUUGGUCCCGUUGCUGAAUAACCAAACCAGUCUCAACUCUGACCAGAUCAGACAAUCAUUCCCCAUAUGGGUUAUUUUGUGUGAAAAGUAUCUUGUGAAUGAGUAGCAUACCGGUAGCAAGUUGUAAUGCAUGAAAAACUAAAACAGGUUAUGAUACUUUGGUCUGGUUCAACUAUCAAAUAGUUUUAUAGUCCCGAUAUUUUUCUAACAAACUUGUAGGACUAUUUAACCUUUGGUUGAACGAUUGACAUGUACAUUAGCCAGAAGUUAUUUGAUGAAUGCAAUAUACUGUCAUAGCAUCAAAAUGUGUGAAUAUCAUAAUUUCAACUAAAGAAACAAAUACCAUUCAGGCUGUUGAAGCUGGAAAAACUCUGUUUGUUGAGUGUUCACAUUGGCAGGAUUAACGUUCCACCUCUCCUGAGGGGAUACGAGUUUCAAAGGUAUCCUUCAGGAGAGGUAGAACAUACACCCUGCCUAUGUGAACUCUCUCAAGAGACUGAGAGUUUCCACCUCUCCCAUUGGCUUAUCAACAGCCAAUCAGGAAGCGUGGUAAGGGACUGGCCUAGACAUCAGAUGCGCGGUUGCUGUGAAUCUACUAUAGUAAUGGCAUAAGGAUUUAUGUGGGGUUUAAAUUUGUAAUUAACGAUACUUAAUCAUACCUGUAGACCAUCAGGUAAUUUCUAAAUAUUCCUUAAUAUCUUUGUUGUUAAAAUCAGAAGCAGUGUCUUCAAGUUAUGUAACCUAAACUUGAAAUAUGUAACCUGUCUGAUGAAAUACGCUGGAAGGUAUUUACGGCAAUGAUUAUUUGGGUGGGGGAGGCUUCACCAAAAGGGGUGAGAUAUUCUCUCUCUCUCUCUCUCAGCCAGGCAAAGCGAAAGUCAUCAUGGUAAAACUAAUGGAAAAAUCAAAUUGGUCAAGGAGAAACCUAGACUCACAAAUAUAUCAAUUCCAGUCAAGUGAUAAAACCACGCAUAAACUUCUGUGUAAUAAACAAGAAGAACGCCAUGAGAAAAAGAAGAUAUUCCAAUGGAUCUCAACAUGACGACGCAUAUUUCGGUCAAGGGACCUUCCCAAAAAUACAAAAGACAUUUGAAUCCUGCUUACUCUUUCACGGCGAACCAGCCCCUGAAAAUCAUCUUCCCUGAUUGGCUGUCUCGGGGUCAUAACAAUGUCAUGUGACCCGUUUGCUCUUUCGUGAUUGGAUGACAGGAAUUUCGCGCUAAAAAAAAAACACGUACUUCAUCUUUUUCUUAUUGGGUGGGUGAUGUCAUUAUCUCCUUCUGCGGAAACAACAAAUAAGACCUCAAGAAGGAUUCUUGUUAUUCCACGGUAUUCUAAAGGGACGUUUUCGUCACCAAUUAGGACAUUACUUCGUGUGUUUAUUUGUAAUUUUUUAUCAGUUCCUUCGGUGAUUGUAUUUACAACAAAAUGCAAUAUUAAAAACAUGUUUCACUACUUAUAAUCUCUUCAGCAGGACAUUAGUCGAGGUGAAUAUUUAUCAGUUUUAUAAUUUCGUUCUGUGAAUUGUUUUUCUCAUAACGUAAUGGACUAAUAAAAGCUUUUUUUUCCUGCGUAAUCUAUUCCUUAGAUAUUAAUCGAGGGGCUUUUUUUUCCUUUUCUAUAUUUCCUUCGGUAAAUGUUAUUUUCUCAUUACAAGAUACAACGAUAAUAAUUUUUUUCUACUUGG